AAUUGCCCCAAAAUCACCAUUUAAUGCAAUUUUUAACACAUUUUUCCAACAGUAAUUAUACAAUGUUUUUUGCACCCCACCCCCAACAAACCUAUAUACCAAAGGUACCAUAAGUUGGAGGAUUUCAAUCUCAAUCCAACAUGUUCGAAGUUCUAACAAACCAUACUUUAUGUAUAUGGACAAAAAUCUUGUAAGUUUACAUGUGAAGAAGAAAAACGUGUAGGCAGAUAAUAUGCUUUUAUGAAUUGCAAGCAGAUUGUGGACUAGUCAAUCAACCCAUUUCAGCUGCCUAUAUUGACCAACUUUUGAAUAUAAAUAACAAGCCAUGAACCAUUUCAUUGUAUUAACACAUCUUCAAAAUGUAUCAUCCCUCUGCUCUUCUUCUACUCUCUUUCACUGUCAUCUCCUCUCUUUGGCUGGCAGCCACCGCAGCUCCGUGCCACCCGGAAGACGAAGCCGGUCUUCUCGGGUUCAAGUCGGGUAUUACUAGUGACCCAGCCGGUUCCCUUGACUCGUGGGUACCCGGAUCCGAUUGUUGUCAAUGGUCCGGUAUACAAUGUGGAUCUAAACAUCAUAGAGUCACUUUCCUAGGCUUUUAUGGGCAAGAAGAGCUCAAUCAAACUCUGGGAGGUACUAUUUCUCCCUCACUCACAAAACUCAAGUAUCUAGAUAGCAUUUUACUUCAGUAUUUAAAAAAUUUGACGGGUCCUUUUCCGGAUUUUCUGUUCAAGCUUCCGAGGCUCCGAAAGCUUUUCAUUGUGGAUAACAGGUUGUCGGGUCGUAUACCCGAAACCAUUGGCAAACUAACCCAAGUCCGUUCUUUAAGUUUCGAAGGGAACCGGUUCACCGGUCCGAUACCGAGUUCUAUCGGAAACCUGACUCAGUUGAAUGAUCUUAACUUCGGCGGCAACCUUCUCACUGGCGCUAUUCCGGACAGUCUCCUGAACCUCAAGCAACUGAAAACAUUGGUCUUGCAGAAGAACAAAAUCUCCGGUCCCUUGCCGGACUUCUUCGCCUUAUUUCCCAACCUCGAGAGACUCAGACUGUCCUUCAACAAAUUCUCCGGCGAAAUCCAGAGCAGUGUUUCAAGUCUACCGCCCCAGUUAAUAGUUGUGGAGCUCGGGCACAACAACUUAAGAGGGAACAUCCCAGAUUUUCUCGGAAACUCCCCGGUGCUGGAAACCCUAGAUCUCUCCUGGAACAAUUUCUCCGGCGUUGUGCCCGGAACUUUCUUCAACCUGACAACAAUAUUUGACCUCAUCCUUUCCCACAACUCACUGGAAGACCCGUUCCCGGAGAUGAACGUCGCGCGAGCGCAAACACUGGAUCUGUCGUACAACAAAUUUCACCUGAAGGACAUUCCGGCCUUCGCUACAUCGUCUCCGAAUCUGUUCAUCUUGAGGCUGGCAAAAUGCGGGCUGAAGAUAAACCUCGACGAUUGGAAGCCGCAGUCGUAUUUGUUCUUCAACUACAUCGAUCUGUCGGAGAACGAAAUAACAGGGAGCCCGGUGGGAUUGCUGAACAUGACGGAUUCUUUGAGAGGGUUUUAUGCAUCUGGGAAUAAGUUGAAGUUUGAUUUGGAGAAAUUGAGGCUUAAUGUGGUGGAAUUGAAGGAGUUGGACUUGUCUAGAAACAUGGUAUUCGGGAAAGUUCCAGAGGCCGUCGCAGAUCUUAAGAAGGUGGAUCUCAGCCACAAUCGGCUGUGUGGUCAGCUACCGCCGACGAACUUUUCGGCCAGUGCGUUUGCCGGAAAUGCAUGCCUGUGUGGCGCUCCGUUACCUCCUUGCAAAGCAAUUGAGUAAUUAAGGAGAGUAGUAAUUAUUCUCUGGUCCUAUUUAUUCCGUUAUUAAAAAAUCAGGACCUUUUGUAUGUACUUUAUUCCUCCGUCCCUUAAAACUUUGACAAGUUUGACCGACACGAGGAUUAAUAAAGUAAAAACUGUGUGAUUGAGGUUUGUUCAGAGGAGAGAGAAUUAGGUGGAAGCAUAAAUUCUUUACUUUA